AUGAGCUAGGUCCGGAUCCUGCUAUACACCGACGGGCGCGAGCGGUUGCAAGUACCUGGCGGUGGUUGCGUUGGUGAUAUGGCUCAGAAGUUUAUUUCUUUAAACUUUUAAGGUUUUUUUUUCUUUUCUUUUUAGUCUUCAGAAAGCAACGGUAGUUUUUUUGACGUCGCCGUUACAAGAAUAAGACUCUUUUACUCCCCGAGAGUCCCCUUUCCUUUCUUGUGUCUCUUCCUUUCUCUUUAUUCUUAUCCCGGUCAGACUCGCCCCCUCCUCCGUUUUAUUUUAUUUGACUUUAGUUCUCGUUGAGUGAUAGCUCCUUCCCUCUUCAGCGGAUCCCUCCCCCACUCCAUCCUCGUCCUGUGGGAGAGACCAGGCUUCUGGUGUUGCAGUCAGGAAUGGAGCUUGACAGCGCCCUGGAAGCCCCGUCGCGGGAAGAGUCUUCUUUGUCCGGGGAGUUGUCUCCCUCCGCCCUUGGACAGGCCUUCUCCAAGAUUUUACACUGUCUUACCCUCCCGGAGGCACGACGAGGCAACGUAAAAGAUGUAGCUCUUAAAGACCUCGGUGAUCUAAUAGAAGCCACCGAAUGUGAUAGGUUAUUUGAGGGGAGUGGUGCACGGCUCCGCGGAAUGCCGGAAACACUGGGGCAGGUGGCAAAAGCCGUGGAGAAGUAUGCAGCCCCCCGCAAAGAGGAGGAAGGUGGAGGUGAUGGGCACUCUGAAGUGGCCGAGAAAGCAGCCAAAGUUGGGUUACUGUUUCUUAAGCUGUUGGGGAAAGUUGAGACUGCUAAGAAUUCCGCGGUCGGCCCUGCAUGGCAGACGGGCCUGCAUCACUUGGCAGGACCGGUUUAUAUUUUUGCCAUCACACACAGCUUGGAGCAACCAUGGACCACUCCGAGAUCUCGGGAAGUUGCUAGGGAAGUGCUCACCUUACUGCUUCAAGCUACUGAAUGCAGUUCUGUGGCAGGAUUCUUACGUGGAGAAAACGAAGAUGAGAAAGGGAGUCUUUCGGUGAUAUUAGGGCUUCUCAAACCCGACUUGAAUAAGGAAUCCUGGAAGAAUAACCCUGCCAUCAAACAUGUUUUCUCAUGGACUCUGCAACAGGUCACUCGGCCCUGGCUGAGCCAGCAUCUGGAAAGGGUACUUCCUGCAUCACUGCUCAUUUCAGAUGAUUAUCAGACUGAGAACAAAAUCCUGGGUGUACACUGUCUCCAUCACAUUGUGCUUAAUGUGCCAGCUGCUGAUUUACUGCAGUAUAACAGAGCCCAGGUCCUGUACCAUGCCGUUUUCAACCACCUGUACACGCCAGAGCACCACCUCAUUCAGCCUGUGCUCCUGUGUCUGCUGGAUUUAUUCCCCAUCCUGGAGAAAACCCUGCACUGGAAAGGAGAUGGAGCUCGACCUACCACCCAUUGCGAUGAGGUCCUGCAGCUGAUCCUGACCCACAUGGAGCCAGAGCACCGCCUUCUCUUACGCAGGACCUAUGCAAGAAACCUGCCGGCUUUUGUGAAGAGGUUGGGGAUCCUAACUGUUCGGCACUUGAAGCGGCUGGAGAGAGUCAUCAUUGGUUAUCUGGAGGUUUAUGAUGGACCUGAGGAGGAAGCUAGAUUGAAGAUAUUGGAAACCCUAAAACUUCUCCUGCAACAUACUUGGCCCAGAGUUUCCUGCAGACUUGUGGUCUUACUGAAGGCUCUCUUGAAACUGAUUUGUGAUGUAGCAAGGGAUCCAAACCUUACACCUGAGUCUGUUAAGAGUGCCCUGCUACAGGAGGCCACAGACUGCCUGAUUCUCCUGGACCGCUGCUCUCAAGGAUGGGUAAAGGGUCUCCUGGCCAAAAUUCCCCAAAGCUGUGAAGACAGAAAGGUGGUGAACUGUAUCAGAAAAGUGCAGCAGGUUUCUGAAGGCGCUCCCUACGAUGGAACUUAAGACUUGCAUUACUUUCCCAAGAGGAAAGGAUUUUCUUCCCAUCCCAAUUUGUAUGAAUGGAGUUAUUUAAGAAAAAAAGAUACUUUUACACGAAACUUUGGAAGUGAGAGCUGCUUUUUCCUUCUUUCUUUCCUUUUACCUCCAUAGGAGUAGGGAAAGUAGAACAAGAAAAAAUUGAACUCCUUCCAUUUCUAAAUAAAGUUUGGGAGAAAAAAGGACACCAA